AUGGCGCGUCCUCGUGCUUUGUUUAUCUUCUGGUUAGCUUGUCACAACAGGUUGGCAACAAAAACUCGUCACAGCAAGUUUGGUGCCGAUGUUGAGACAACAUGUUGUUUCUGCAAUUUUGAAGAAACUAUCAACCACCUGUUUUUUGAAUGCCUCACCCGACGAAAUAUCUGGCAGCAAGUCCUUGACUGGCUGCAGAUCACUCAUGACCUUGAAAAAUGGGAAGAGGAACUGAAGUGGAUCGUGAACUCAAGCAAGGGCAAGGGGUGGAAAGUUCAGCUUUUGAAAAGUGCUGCAGCUGAAACUGUCCAUGCCAUUUGGAAAUAUAGAAACGAUGUGUACUUUAGAAAGUCAUCAAUACUAUAG